CGGCGCGCGCUCGGGGGCGGGGCCUCAUGCGCGCGUGCGCAGAAGGGCCGGCCGCCGUCGCCCGGCGAGCUGAGGAGAAAGCGGCGCCCGGAGAUGAAUGUUCUAGAUGUAAGAGAAACUGGAAUGGUCUGAUCAAUUACCAGAACUCACUGAAGCUGAUACUGGUUUGUCUCUGGAUAUUUGAACCUCUCCAGGCGGAAAGGGUGCGGGAUGAUAUACAGGUUAGCAGCAAACCAGUGGAGAGGAGGCUGCAGGAUUUAGCUGCUCUUUGCUCCCCUCCUAGCAGCCUGGGGCCCUCCUCCUGGGCAUACGGGGCACGAUGGACUCCCCAGGAUACAACUGCUUUGUAGACAGAGAGAAGAUGGACGCUGCUAUUCAGGACCUGGGGCCAAAGGAGCUGAGCUGCAUGGAGCUGCAGGAGUUGAAGCAGCUGGCCCGCCAGGGCCACUGGGCUCAUAGCUACACCCUGCGGGGAAAGGUGUACCAACGCCUGAUCCGGGACAUCCCCUGCCGCACUGUCACACCCGAUGCCAGCGUGUACAGUGACAUUGUGGGCAAGGUUGUGGGCAAGCACAGCGGCGGCAGCCUGCCCUUGCCCGAGUUUGUGGACAGCACGCAGGUGCCCAGCUACUGCCUGAAUGCCCGGGGCGAGGGCGCUGUGCGCAAGGUCCUCCUGUGCAUUGCCAACCAAUUCCCCGACAUCUCCUUCUGCCCUGCCCUGCCAGCUGUGGUGGCCCUGCUGCUGCACUACAGCAUUGACGAGGCUGAGUGCUUCGAGAAGGCCUGCCGCAUCCUGGCCUGCAAUGACCCCAGCAAGAAGCUGAUCGACCAGAGCUUCCUGGCCUUCGAGUCUUCCUGCAUGACCUUCGGGGACCUGGUCAACAAGUACUGCCAGGCAGCCCACAAGCUGAUGGUGGCCGUGUCGGAGGACGUCCUGCAGGUGUACUCAGACUGGCAGCGCUGGCUGUUUGGGGAACUUCCCCUCAACUACUUCUCCCGCGUCUUCGAUGUCUUCCUGGUGGAAGGUUACAAGGUAUUAUACCGUGUGGCUCUGGCAAUCCUCAAGUUCUUCCACAAGGUGAGGGCAGGGCAGCCCCUUGAGUCAGACAAUGUGAGGCAGGACAUCCGCAUGUUUGUCAAGGACAUCGCCAAGACGGUAUCCCCCGAGAAGCUGCUAGAGAAAGCAUUCGCCAUCCGCCUCUUCUCCCGCAAGGAGAUCCAGCUCCUGCAGAUGGCCAAUGAGAAAGCUCUGCUGCAGAAGGGCAUCACUGUCAAGCAGAAGAGUGUUUCGCUUUCUAAAAGGCAGUUCGUGCACUUGGCUGUCCACGCCGAGAACUUCUGCUCAGAGAUUGUCAGUGUGAAGGAGAUGAGAGACAUCUGGUCCUGGGUCCCUGAGCGGUUCGCCCUCUGUCAGCCCCUCCUGCUCUUCUCCUCGGGACAGCAUGGGUACAGCCUGACCAGGUUUUACUUCCAGUGUGAAGGACACGAGCCCACCCUCCUGCUCAUCAAGACCACGCAGAAGGAGGUGUGUGGAGCUUACUUGUCAACAGACUGGAGUGAGAGGAAUAAGUUUGGAGGCAAACUGGGCUUCUUUGGGACUGGAGAAUGCUUCGUGUUCAGGCUGCAGCCCGAGGUGCAGCGCUAUGAAUGGGUGGUCAUCAAGCACCCGGAGCUGACCAAGCCGACAUCCUUCAUGUCCUCGGAGGCCACCAUCACCCCUUCCCUGUUCAGCCACUCGGUCUCCUCAGAACCCCCUGACCGCCUCUCACCGUUCCUAGCUGCUCGUCACUUCAACCUGCCCUCCAAGACUGAGUCCAUGUUCAUGGCUGGAGGCAGUGACUGCCUCAUCAUUGGGGGAGGUGGAGGCCAGGCGCUCUACAUUGAUGGGGACCUGAACCGGGGCCGCACAGGCCACUGCGACACCUUCAAUAACCAGCCACUCUGCUCCGAGAACUUCCUCAUUGCUGCCAUUGAGGCCUGGGGCUUCCAAGACCCCGACACCCAGUGACUACCUGCGUGGACGGUGACUGAGCCACUGCCAUGGGUGGUGGGGCGGAGGCUGGCCACUGCCACAGGGAGCUGGGAGUGAAUGAGACCUCCCCAACAUGGCGGGCAGGGGUGGGGUGCAGCUGGGGUGUGGGACAGAAAGGGGCACCUCGGCCUCCCCUGUCCAAGCCUGGCCCUGCUUGGACUGACUGCUGUGUCUCCUGGAGUCAGGCCCAGCCCCUGAGCCCACCUGCUUCUGAGUCAGAACCUGAGCUAAUGCAGUACCCUCCCAGCCCUGCCCAGCACUGCCCGCUGCAGCCAUAGAAGGCUCCUUCCUCCCCGAUCCAGGGCCCUGGCGCUUUCCCUGGAGGUGUCCUGUGUCCUCAGGCAUGGGGGUGGGAGCUAUGGGGGGCUACGUCUUGCAGCCCCUGGGCUGCCUCCGGGGAGACUUAGCCCCUGGUGGGGGGGCACUGGAAGGGCAGAAGGAACCUGCCUCUAAGCAUGGGUCUGUGGUGCCCCCUGCUGGUGCUGCAUGGCAUCUUGUCCUCCUGAGAAGGGCCCUGCACACCUGGCUGGUGACUAGCCACUGUUUGUGUGUGGAGACUGAGAAGAGACCGCCGCCCCUCGGACUGCUCUGCAGCACCCCACUCCCCGCCCAGGGGCAUCUGCCCUGCUGCUGACCCAGUUCCCUGCUCCCACAGGCCUUCUGUGGCCACCUUGCCAACAGUGAGCUCGCUUGGUCCACUCUGAGGCUCCACUGCAGGGUGGGAGAGAGCAGGAUUUAUGCUGACCCCCAGGGAGGGCCUAAGGCCAGUGGGACGGGGCUGGAGGGGAUGUCGCAUGUCCUUGUGUUUCUGCAGAUCCUGAAGCUCCUGCCAGGCCUUGCCACAUGGCCACACCCGAAGAGGUGGCCCCAGGAGGGGCCCUCUGUGACCAACCCCCAAACCAGUUCCAUUUCCAGGGGUGUGCCUGGAGAAGCCUGGACCCACAGGAGCUUCUCAGCCAUUCUUUUCUCUAGCCUGGGGCCCAGGGUCACGUCCAGACCCCUCAGUGUGCCAUGCUCGUCUCAGUCCAGCCCUGCACACCCGGGCUCCUGGGGCAGGUGCUACACCCUCCCUGGGUCCCUGCCCACAUAGCACCUCCUCGACUCUGUGUCCUUCUCAUGGCAGUGUGGCUGGCCACAUGUCAUGGCGUUCUGUGUGCUGUAGCCUAUUCCCUUACAGCUCCCUGCCCUGCCUGAGCCUGGCACCAGCCUGGCACACAGUAGCUACCAAGGAAAGGCUUGCUGUUGAGCACUGCAGGGAGCAGCCCCCACUCCGUGACCUCCCUCAGCUGGUCUUGAGUGUUUGGGCACCACGGAGGGAAGAGGGGAGAAGCAGAGACCCAUGUGUCUGUGCUGCAUCUUUGGAAGCCUGGGCCACAGACACAGGUGCUAGGGUCGGCCCCAGCCUAGUCCCCACUUGGCUCCAGCCAGCACCCUUGCUGUCCCCAGGUGCCACGCCACCACCCAUCUCCACACUGUUGCUUACUUGUUCUGGGGGGUUCAUCCUCUCUCGCACAUCUGCUCAUUUCACCUCUGAGCGGGGGCCACAGUGGUGCAGAAGGAAGGACCAAGAACACUGCGUGGCUUUGGGCAAGCCGAUAAACUCAUCUGGAACCCAGUUUCCCCAACUGUGAAAUGGGGCCAGUCCUGCCCUGCUGUCCUCACAGGACUGUUGAGAGGCUCCCAGGGGGACAGCAUGAGUCUCUCUCGAGGGAAGAGGUGCUGGGAGGGGUGUGACCGCUCACUCCCCACAGACCACUGCAGCCUUUGCACUGCCUUUGCUGGUACUGCCAAACUUGGUGUUCAUUAAACGUGGUCUCGUUGCAUUGACUCCAGGCAUCCAAGUCUGGUCUUUUCAGCCAGAGGGACCUCCAGGGGCUUCCCUGGGGCCUGCCACAAAAUCCAGUACAGAAGGCCCCCCACCACCAUGCUGACUGAUGCUUUAUCACUGGGAUGGCGAAGGCCUUUUAAAAACAGCUUUUUGGGAAGAAAUGAAGUGAAACAUCAGCACUGUGUAGAGGGCUCCCUGUGCAAACUUCCUGAACUGGGGAGUUAUUUUUCUGGUAAAUCCAGCAGGUUCUUUGUGACUGCCCUGAGGGGUCCCCACCUGGGCCUUCCUGGGGAGGCCAGUUGCUACUUAAGUCAUGAUCUCUACAUCAUGAGUGAAGUUCUUUGCUUUGUGAGAGCAUUCAAAAUACUUAGUUUCUUUAAAUUUAAUAUCUUCUUUUUUCUAACCUUCCUACUAACCUAGAGAGUAUGUGUUGAUUAUUAUCUUUGUUUUUUAUUCUUAGCAUUGCCCUUAUUAUCUGAUACUGG